AUGUCACAACUAAUUCCAACUUUAAAACCUUUCGCUAAAACAAGUGCUACUGGUCAAAAAUCAAUUGUUGCCGACAAUUUACCACCUGUAGUACGUCAGAGACACAAAUCUGUCAUGAUAAAGAAAAGAACUAUUAAACAGCAAGUAUCUGACGACGACGACGGGAACAAAAAUGAACCUGAGGCUUACCGCCCUUAUACUGCUACCAAUAUCAAAAUCAAGAGAACAAAAUAUUCAACUUCAUUGGAUUCUCGAGGUUAUAUCCCUGUAUAUGAAUUCAUCAUUAACGACCAGCCAAUUAUGUGGGAUCGAGAGAAUGGAUACGUUCAUUUUACCGGUAUAUGGAAAGCCCUCGGGAAUAACAAAGCUGAUAUCGCUAGAUUAGUCGAUACGCAUCCGGAUUUAGCAUCAACUAUUAAAAAAGUUAGAGGAGGAUUUCUUAAGAUCCAAGGAACUUGGAUGCCACAUGAAAAGGCUUAUGAGCUUUGUCGUCGGACAUGUUAUGUUGUUCGCGAGGAACUUGUUCCUUUGUUUGGGCCUUCAUUUCCUUCGCAAACAUUAGAUCCGACGCAGCCCGGAUUUGGGCGCUUGACUCUCACCGAUUCAGUACCAACUAAGAAACGGCAACGACGCAAACCAAAAGAUACUCGUGUAGAUAACAUUUCUAUCACGAAUAAUAUUAAAGACAAGGGCAUGAAAGCUAGUAGAAUUAUAUCAUCACCAAUCGAAGAAAAUGGCGGUGAGAAUACUAAUAAUGUAAAGUGCGAAAUUCAUGAUGAUUUCUCCUCAGUUGAUCAAUCUCUACAGUUUUCCAAAUUUCAAAGCGUGGAGAGUAAUCGUCAUUUGGUUAUUUUACGCAAGCAAAAGAGAACAGCUGAGGACUUACAUUUCGUUGAGAAUAUGUUAGAAAAUCAGCUAUUAUCCAAGCGAAGGAGGCAUCAAUCCCCAGAGAACGGUAGUCUUGGUGAUGAUGAAAACUCAUCAUCUGAAUGUGAUCCAGACAAAUCAUUAGUUAUCGAUCGUCGUGGUUCUGAUUCAGCUUAUUCCAGUUCAUCUCAACAUUACGACGUAAAACACCAAUACUCACCUACCGAAGCUGCCGAUUUGAUGUCUAAAACCCGUCAUAAUGGAAUAUCUCAUUCAUUCAAAUCUUCCAAUAUCACAACCACCCAUAGUCAUCCACAAAUAGAUCCUUACACCCCGUAUCCUCCUCCGACUGUUCAUCCCACAUCUCCUUAUCAAACACCACCAUCACCUUUAACCGAACAUGACCUUUAUGACGCAAUUAGUGCUACUGUCGCUUUACAACAAUUAUCGCAAGAUAAUGGUACACGUCCUUUACAAAAGGAUCAAGCUCGUAACGCUUGGCCCCGAAACUUCAUCAUGGGUAAUCGAGAAUUCCAAUUUGUUGGAUGUCGUUAUCGCGUUGUACGUUAUUGGUAA